AUGGAAGAUGGAACGUGGACUAUCAGAAAUGUUCCAAUUAUUCUGAAUGAAUGGUCUCCAAACGUGAUGGUGGAAAAACAGGAUAUUAAAACCGUACCGGUCUGGAUUAAAAUGCAGGAUGUUCCGUUGACUGCCUUUACCGAGGACGAAAUCAGCUUGCUGGCUUCGAAUAUAGGUAAUUCGAAAAUGUUGGAUUCUUUCACUGCAACUAUGUGCGCUGAAUCAUGGGGUAGGAGCAGUUUUGCUAGGGCACUGGUUGAAAUCCAUGCGGAUAAGGAAUUGAAGAAAAGUAUUACGGUUGCCAUUCCAACCUUGGAUGGGAUUAGCCAUGCAAAAGUGGAGGUAAAAGUUGAGUAUGACUGGGAACCAAUGAGAUGCUCUUCAUGCUGUGUGUUCGGCCAUAAUGAUAACUCAUGUCCAAAGCAACCUACUCAGGUUAGGAAUGAUGUUAAUAGAAAACACAAUGAUGACUUUCAGGAGCCCGCCUUGAAAACUAAAAGAACUAACAUUCAAGGUGUGAAAUUCAAAAACCAGAAGCCAAAAUUUACUUACCGGCCGGUGGUAAAGCCCAAGUCUAAAUCUGGGUUAGAUCAUAAAAUUUAUACUGGAGAUGGUCACUAUUGUCGCCGUGACCCUCCAACUGGAAUUUCGUAA